GCCCGACGCCGUCAGUACAGCCUGGCUCGUCGAUCGGCUCGUACACUUCACUCCCCGCUCCUCUAUUUACACCGAUCGCUUAACCUCAAAGCUCUGGCGUCGGGAUCAGAUAUUAUUGAAAACGCUACAAAUAUUAAUUUGGUACAUACGUUCAAUGAUACAUCAAUGUUCUAAUUCCGUACAGUGAGUUAAAAGUUGUUAAAGUUUCGAGUGCGGUGGUUUCGCGCUAGAUUAUUUUGGAAAUAACUGAAAACGUUUUCAUAAGUAGUAUUUAAAUCUGGUCUAGGACCCAUUUAAAUCAGCAACGAAGCUUCAGUUGUAUCAGUGGACGAUGCUAGCGCCGAUGCACGAAAGCAGCUAAAAAUAGUCGGGGUUUGCGCGCUCGUGUCUGCCCGCAGCCGGCCCGCGUUUCUCCCUACACUAUUUCUGUCUUAUAGAAAAGCAAUAAGAUAUUCUACAUGCUAAAGAAUACCAGUGGACGGUUUCCUUGUAGAUAAUGAGAAAAGUGCGUAAAAAGAAGCCGGUUGUCGCGAGGCGACAGUGACUGAUGGUGUUAUUAUAGUGUUUACGAAGUAAUCAUUGUGCCUGAAUUGCAACGCAUUCGCUAUAAGCAUGGCGCUUGUAAUGUUACCUUGUGAUCUUCCCUGGUGGACGUCGGUGCAGCGUCAUUUGAAGCACCUGCUGCUGGCAUCGUCGCCGGCAAAACUUACAGCCAGCAUGUUGAAAAUACAUGACAUGUGCAACAUAGGUAUAGAUCCGGACGACGACAUCAAGGACCCGGAGCUCAUGAAGGGACUGGAGGUGUUCCUAGAGGAAGAGAUGACGGAGGACGAGCGGAGGCACUUCCUCGACAACACGAUCAGGAUCAUGGUGAACAAGGCGCUGCACCUCAAGCGCUGGCGGCCGCCCAAAGGACUCAUGUUUAGUUUACAGCAACAAAGUGACGUAACAGAACUGGAGUACAACUUUGUGUCGGCGCUGGUGGCGCACGCCUUCUUCUCCACGAACCCCAAGAGGACGCUCAAAACACACCCUACACUUCAAGACUUCAACUUUACACAUUUUUUUAAGAAUUUACACAGAAAAUCACAGAGGAACAAAUUAAAAAGCUUGCUCCACUACUUCGAAUGGUUAGAUAAGAGUAGCAACGAGGGAUCCAUUAAAUUAAGCAGACAGGUGAUGACCUCAAAACAGUGGUUGACAAUAGAGGACUGGUUAGAAUGCACGCUGCCACUGUGCAAGCUGCAAGUGAGGCACGAAGGUCGUCCGGAGAGAUGUGAGAACGACGAGGCCAUCAGAGUCUGCUUCGCGUCCAGUCGAGUUGGUGGGGAUACGCUUAUUGAUGGAGAUUCACAGGAGUCCCUAUCAAUGUUCAUGAUGCCGGAGUUGCUUCCGGCCAUGCUAUCGGUAGAAGCUUUAGAAGAUAACGAGGUGCUCAAGGUGGAAGGCGUGCGGCUCUUCAGCAGGAUCUGCGACAAGAGACAGAAGACCAAAGUGGAACUGCUUGAAGAACCUAAAACGGUGACUGUAUGCCUAAUGGACGCAGAAGACUAUAGCAAGCUGCCUUUAAGCCAAUGGGAGGAAGACAACGUGUUACGAGAGCUCAACAAGUGUCUACUAGCUUUCCAACAGACGCCUAUGAAAAGCAGAGAUGGCAACCGGCAUGAGAGGAGGCUUUCACCAAUAGGAGAGUCGUUCAGUCACACGCCGCCCGAAGUAGAAGCAACGGUAGUCAUAAAGCAAGCCUCCUCAUGCAGCACGCUGAACAGCUACAACAGUCGCAGCCCCUCGCCGCAGAACUACUGCGCGGCUACGCUCAACCUUAAUGAUCCUAGCGCAGAGUUCACAAAGAAGAAAUGCUGGUUAUCUCCCGACGGGGGCAUGUUGAACAACCGCAGAGGUCGGUUCAUAGUGCUCGGCUCCUCCGGCGAAUGCUUACCAGUCACCAGGUCUACGGGAGGCAUACAGGACGGCCAGGAAGAUAGUUUGUACUCCAGUUGUAACUCCAGCGAUGAUGAGUACCAUAGUGCCAAUGAUAGCUUUGAUUACGGUAGCGAAGACGAAGGUCGAGGCGAGAGCGCUCGUCCCAACUCAUUCCAGUACCUCAAGGAGCUAUCCACUGAAGAAAGACGACUGAGCUUCGCUGAUCGACUGCGGGAAGCGUUGCGGAGAGAGGCCGAACAUUCUACCACCACCAGCACCGGGGACUGGUCUACUGAUAGCUCUAGUUACGCUGUGGGCAUCAGCAUAUCUGGGGCUGAGGUGCAGGAUAAUGAUAUCAGGGUAAAACGAGGCGGUUCAGUCGGCUUCGUGCUGACAGAGAAAGAGACUGUAAGCAAUGGAGACCCUUCACCGAGACACCGACCCAUCGGCAGGAAGGAAACUGGCAACAGUUCUAAGUAUAGCUUCAGCACCGAAUAUACUUCGGAGUUAGAAGAAGUGUACGAGCAAUUCAACCAGUGGCUCAACGACCCCAUCGUCGACUCAGAAUCGGGCGAACACAAAAAUCGAGAGUUAGACUCUCGAGACUUGGCUGUGAUUAGGUUCGCGGGGUCGUUGCUGAAGCGCACUCUGUCGGAGUCGCUGGCGGUGGGCGGCGCGGGCGGCGGCGCGGACGCGGCCGAGCUGUACGGGCGCGAGCCGCGGGCGCUGCCGCCGCGACCACUAGCGCUGGCGGCCCGCUCCCUCUCGCUCGAGCUCGCCAGGCACAAGCACCGCCUCGCCGCGCAUCUCAAACGUAAAGUUAAAGAAUCUAUACCGGAGGAGAUAAUAGAGGGCACGCGAGCGAUCGACACGACACACAGCGACGAAGUCAAAUGUACGGACAAGUCCACUGAGACGGGCUCUGUACCGCCCAACCCAAGUCUCAGGAAGAAAAAGUUGAACUGGAUGAUAAACAUGAUCGUAGAAACUAUCGAAGAGACCGUCGAAUGCGAACCGGUCACUGUAAAACUAAAGAAACCGAAGCUGUCGCAGUUGGCGCACAAGAUCGUGUCGGGCGGGUCGUGCCGGCCGGUGGCCACGGGCAACUGGGGCUGCGGCACUCGUCUGCGAGGACACCCGCAGCUCAAACUGCUGCUGCAAUGGCUGGCUGCUAGCGUGGCCGGAGUGCCCGCACUCAUCUAUUAUACUUUCGGGAACGAGAAACUGUUCAAGCUGGACACGCUCGUCCGAGUACUAGUAGACAGAAAAUGGACGGUGGGUCAACUAGCGCGCGCCGUGCUCAAGUUCGCGCGACAGACGCUCCACGAGCCGCACGUCAUACCAGACAACCACUCGCUGUUCGACGAACUCAUAGGCAUCGAGAAGAUACCUGACGACACAUAGCUAACACUCAAACAGCGACGCAAGGCUACAAGAUAGCCGGCCGACUACGGUGCUUGCCACUAGUUUUUUAUCCAAAGACUUCGAUUGUAUUAAACAGCGUCACACCACGGAUUAGUUAACAAAACGAGUGAGUGGUGGCAUGUGACAGUCGACAAACGAUGUCACGCCAAUGAACUUUGGUGAUAGGUCAUAUUUGAGAGAAUUUGGACUAACUAUACUGCGUGUAAAGGAUAUGGAACUCCUUUUGUGCACUACUCCGUGACACAAUGUUAGCUUUGUUCGGUCACUCCACUAUAACUCAUUAAUGCAUUUAUGUUAUUCCGUCAUCAUACUCAAUAGUAAGGUGGUUCAACUGUGUCUUAUUUUAAAUAAUGUUUGUGGACUUUUAGAUAUUUUUUACGAAAUAGUUACAUGAAAGCAAUAUUAGCGUUUGAUUCGAUUUAAAAUACAACUAAAAAAGUAUUUUUAUACAACUAUCGAUUAAAGUACAAUUAUAAAGUUUAUCUAAUGUAAGUUUUAUCAAGUCAUUGUUAAUAAACUUGAUUAAAAAAACGUAAAAGUGAUUUUUAAUUAAUACAAAUUUUAAUAAAUUUACAUAAUUUAUAGGGCAGUGCUAAUAUUAAGACUGUGUACUGUUUAUAAAAAGUUUCCAAAGUUUACCAAAUUCCAGUUUUUUACUAUCGCGAUACGUAAUCAUCCUAACGAAGUUAGCUACCAUAUUUGUAAAUAUUGGAUAACGAGUUAUUUCUUAUUAAACCAUCACAUACAUGUUAUGUAGCUUGACAAUAUUAUUAUCCUGUUAGUCAUAUAACUGACAUCACAAGUUCUGGUACCCAUGGUAUGGUGUCUUACAGUGUAAAGGCUUGAUCUGACAAAGUCUUCCAUAGCAUGAAUCUCAAUGUGUCCAAAGUUGUUAAUUUUGAAGUGAAACUAUAGAAUUUUCAAACGGGAUGCGAAAAUAAAAAUAAUGCGUCACA